GAAUAAGCUGGAUUGGAGAUCGACAAGGUGCUGUCAGCAGUCAUGCGGGGAAACUGUGUCCUAGAAGAAUUGUAUCUUGGAGAAACGUGUCCUAGAAGAAUCGUAUCCUGAGGAAACGUGUGCUAAAGCAAGCUCGGGCUAGAACAAUUGCGCCAUUUCGCGGACGAGUUUAAAACCGUGCCGGAGCUAGGCUGUUUAGCGUAUCGAUCGGGGCUCGCGUGUGAAUAAGGACAAGCUAGGCUCGUUUUAUCGAUUAUUUCGAGCCUAUCCUGUCCAGUCGGUGAUAACGGGGAACGGACAAAUGAGCGGCAAAACAGUUGUCCCCGAGCCCGUCGACCAGACGAACCUGGCGGUCUCGCUUCUCGGCAACACCGGCCUCUGAAAAACCCGAGGGAACGAGGACCGUCUGCGCGCGUCCGCCGCAUGUCACCAACCUGAUCGUUCGUGACUCAAUGCGGUGGCUCCAUCGAUCCGCCGGCUCCGCGCUUCUUCACGGCGGAAUCACUGGCGCGACCGUUCCCGUUCGUUCCGGAAUCAAUCGUUCGGCGAUCGAAGGGGGCUGGACAAUGCUGGGCUCGCGACAUGGCGCGGCUGUAUUACGAGUGCAGCGUGGAUUUCAGGAACUUCACCGGAGACACCACUGAGCCGAUCAAACCGUACGCCUGCACCCCGGACAAGUACUGCUUAUACUGUUGCUGCAACAAUCAGUGUUGCGUCCUGGUGCAAAGACGGCCGCCACGACAUUUCUGGGAAGCCUGGUACUUCUGGCUGGGCGUUGCUUUACUCGCUGUGUUUAUCGUGUCUUCGGUGAGCAGCUACAUAGUCAGUAAUUGCAGACAUAAUAUUCAAGGUGUACCACUAGCGCACAACGCGCACGCCGCCAACAGGCAAGCCGACCGCGGCGGUCGUCCAGGAAGCGAUCAGAACGAGGUAUCGAUAAGUAUAAUACCGACGUCGGAGUUUUUCCCAUCGCACAGAAAAAUGUUGGUAAUCGCAUCCCAGCCGGCCGUCAAUCAUCUCACCCCUGUCGUCGCAUGAGGGCCGUUCCGAUUUAACCGAUCGAUUAUGUCGGCCAGAAGACAACGACGGAGGCAGCCGCAAGAUGAUCGCUCGGCAUUACGCGCCGUAAUGUCCUCUGAAAGACAGUGGGCCGCCUCGGCCGAGCUUUGAUCUAACAGGACGCCCUCGUCGGGCGAUUAUGGCGCGGGGGGGCAUUAACGAUAAACGCGUCUUUUUACGCGGCCCCUCGCCUGUAAUAACCGGUAACGGGUGAAACGACCCGAUCGCGGCUAACAGACCGGCCAAAUGAGCGACGAUUUCAAACGAGAUUACAUCCACGGCGCGGCGGGGCGCGCCGAACCCGUCGUCGCCGUCGCGACACUCUUGAUCGCUCUCAAGAGGACCGAGGAUGUUUAUCUGAAAUUCAGCAUAACAAAUUUCCUAUAGAUUGGCCGGCUCUGCUCGCUCGAAUAUGUCCCGCGCAGCCUUCGUACAGUCCUUGCUCGGCCGCAGUUUGUGUAAAUUGGCCCGUAAAAGCAGAAUUUGCAUAAACAUCCGCGGGCUGCUCGCGAGAGAUCGCAAUCUGUGUCAUUACUUCGUACAUAGCUGCUUCAGCACGGUUAGAGGACGCGGCACCAUAGAAAAAGAUCCGCUGAAUGCACCGCUGCCACGGCGAAAGCGUUUGCAACUCGAGGACGAUCGUAAUGGGUCGCCAAAAGACGUUUUUCAUACGAUGUUCUCCCUGGACUACUAAUUGACCUGUUCCCCGCGUUGCAAUUGUCCCGUCCGGCAGCAUAAUAUCUUGUACCUGCACGAAACGAGCUCCUCUAUCUUCUCCACAUUAACCAUUCGAUCUCUCCGUAAGUUUCGGAAGGCAGCGACUAUAGUUCGAUAGAAACGCGUAGCCGUCCGCGCGAAUGUUCGCCGAGUACAAAUCGCAGGUCGGAAUUGAUUAGCUCUAAGUCGUUUCGGCAUUUCUGAACACUCGAAGUUCCCCGGUCGGAGGUCUCCGGCUUCCAUUUCGCCGAGCAUGGUGCAACCGAGCCGAACGGAACUCGUUCCCGAAUGGCCGCGACUCCCAUUAACAAUUAAGAAGACACGCUCGACGUACCUGGCCCCGGGUACCAAGAGAUCGCUGGCUAAUUAAAAAGGACAAUCGAGGCGAACACGGCUCGAGAGCGACGCGCACUCUCUCUCUCUCUCUCUCUCUCUCUCUCUCUCUCUCUAACUCUCCCCCUGUCACCCCUCCUGCUCAGCGAUCUAUUCUUCUUCCCUCUCGAUCCCGCAGUUCGCCUCCCUGUCCCGAGAUCGAUCUCGCGAUAGCGUUUAAUCGCGGUGAUCUUCGUGGAAGAAAGAAACCCGGAGAAACUUGCAUCGCGACAAGUCUCCCCGGCGAUCAUGCGAUCCGCCGCGCGACGAUCGAUCGGGAUCGACGCGCCGGACGCAGCUUCGUUUGCAAAGAAUCGGCCGCGAGUUUACCGUUUGAUAUUAUACUUCUACGCGGUCUUUCGGCUAGAGGUUUCAUCUUGAUUCAACGAACAUGUAUUUUUGACGAAGUAAGGUACGAUUUUUGUUUCAAUGGGCCAAGGAAGGUUUGCCGUUAACGAUGGAAAACAAUGUCAGCCGAACGCUCUCCAAUUCGGCUCUAUUUCGUCCAAAUAAAAAACACACUACAACUAAUUCUGAUCAACAUUUGGAGAAAUCACUCUGCGAGGAGUUUUUAUCGCCAAAGAGCAACGCCUCGGCCACUUGCGUGGCACGAAGCGCCGUCUUGUUGGAAAUAAUUUAUGUUACGUUUAUUUGAAUGUUCACAAUUUCGACGCGCCGUUGAACACGCGUAUCGUUCGAUUUUUAUUAAUAACAUAGUUUGCGCUUAGCGUCUGUUAACGCCAGCGAAUUGUUCGACAGACGGCGAACCUAUUCGAAGUGAAAGCUCCAGCUGAAAGAACCUGUACUAUCCGUACGCGUAAUUACUGGCUGUGAUGAUGUCAAUUGGAAAAGUAGAAACCGAUAGCCGCGCGCGCGUGGCGUCACCGGUGUAAAAGUUAGCUCGUUAGCCGAUCGGUGUUUUUUAAUUGGAUGCACCGGAUUAAUAUGCACCGAAAGAAACACGUUUGACAUUCUCGCACCGGUGUGCGGCCGUGGCCGCUCGUUCGUGUGUCUCUAAUUAGCUGCGUAGGACGCCGGUGGAAAAACGGCGUCCCAUUAGCAUGUAAGAUUCGGCGAACCGGCCGAUCGCGGAAAACCUCGAAUAAAAGGAUCCAGGUGUGCGCUACGUU